GCCCAGAAACAAUGUCGGAAUAUAGACUACAAUUAGUGAGCCUUGGCCCCUGCUGAACAAAAAAAAACGGUGGCCAAUUAGACCAUCUGAAGCUAUGUUUUGAAACAGCUGGUAGCUUGUAUUUCAAGUAUUGUUUGUCGGAGAUUGUCAAUUUGAAGGCAAGAACGUAUAGCGCGUAGAAUUGAACAUGUUCAGUCUGCGAGCGAAAAUUCGAGUGUUGUUUACCACACUUCCUCAUCAUCUGACGUCGGGUUAUCAUGCAAGCCCGUGCCAUUGAGGAACAUUCAUCAAGCAGUCUUUCGACUGAUAAUACAGUCAUGGCCAGCCCUGUUGCCUUCAUGGAGUCCCCUAUGUGCUUGAUUGAAAAUACGGAUGGAAACCUUUCUGUGAACCAAGAGGCGGUGGAUGUCUUGAUGGGGCUGAAUCAGCCAGCAGUGGUGGUGGCCGUGGUGGGCUUGUACCGCUCUGGAAAGUCUUACCUCAUGAACAAACUGGCUGGGAAGAAGCACGGCUUUGCCCUGGGAGACACGGUGCAGUCACAGACCAAGGGCAUCUGGAUGUGGGCCCUUCCACAUCCCACAAGAGCAGGCCACACCCUGGUGUUACUGGACACUGAGGGGCUUGGGGAUGUUGAGAAGGGAGAUCAGAAGAAUGACGCAUGGGUCUUCUCACUGGCCAUCCUCUUGAGCAGCAUGCUCGUCUACAACUGCCGGGCGACCAUAGACAACCAAGCAGUGGAGACUCUUCAAUAUGUCACAGAGCUGACGGAACGGAUCAAAGUCAAAUCUCCCGGUGGCGCUUCAUCCUCUGAGGACGGAGCAGACGCACAGUUUGUGCAGUUCUUCCCCAAGUUUGUGUGGGUCAUCCGGGAUUUCACGCUGGAGCUCAAGAUUGACGGGAGGGCCGUGACUGACAACGAGUAUUUGGAACAUUCCUUGUCCCUCAGGAAAGGCAGGGACAAGAAGACUGCAGACUACAACCUCCCCCGGGAGUGCAUCCGCAGCUACUUUCCGACGAGACGGUGUUUUGUGUUCAUCACCCCCACCACUCCAGAGAACAUGUCACGUCUGGAUUCCCUGGAUGAAUGCGAUCUCAGCCAAUCAUUUCGCACCGUCACCUCCAGCUUCUGCAGUUACAUCUUUAUGGAGAGCAACGUCAAGACGGUUAAAGGAGGGGUGCAGGUCACUGGAAGGAUGCUUGGUCAUUUGGCAAAAACCUACGUUGACACCAUCGCCAGAGGCGACGUGCCCUGCCUGGAGAACGCCGUGCUGGCUAUGGCGCAGAUCGAGAACGAGGCGGCGAGGAGAGACGCCCUGAAGGAGUACCAGCAGGGCAUGCAGGACCUCUGCUUCCCCGUGAACGUCCAGGAGAUGUCCCGGCAGCACAGGCUCUGCGACUCGCUGGCCACCAAGACCUUCAUGAGCCGCUCCUUCAAGGACGACAGCGGCGAGCACCUGAAAGCCCUGGCGGAGGCCAUCGCAGAGCACUAUGCCGAACUUCUCUGCCAGAAUGAACAAGCAUCUAAGGACCUGUGCAGGAACCUCCUGGCUCAACUGUCUGCACCGAUGGGCAAGAGGAUGCAGGAGGGCUUCUAUGCCGAACCGGGGGGCUACGAGCUUUACUGCGCGGACAACGAUGCUGUCGUGGCCCAGUUCCACAGCACGCCCAACAAAGGGGUUGUGGCGGAGGAGGUACUGGAAGAAUUCCUGAAAGAAAAAAGUGUGGAAUCCAACUCCGUUCUUCAGGCUGACAACAAGCUGAGUGAGCAGGAGAAAAGGAUUCACGAUGCGGAACAGAGGGUGGCCAUUUUAGAACAAGAGGAAAGGAGGGAGACGGAAAGACUAGAACUGGCUCAGAAGAUGCUAAGGGACCAAGAAGAGAGUCACCAGGAGACCAUACGUCAGUUACAGGUCAAGAAGCAGAAGGAGGCGGCUGAGGCCAUGAAAGAGUUGGAGCGAGCAAUGGAGAGCAAACUGCAGGAACAUGAGUGGCUGAUGGCCAAGGGGUUCCAGAGGAAAGAGGAUGCCCUGAAGGAGGAGAUCCAGGAACUGAAGAACAAUAUGGAAAUCACCAAGGAGAAGGACAAGGCCGCCCAGCGGGAGGCAGUGGUGAGCAUGACCAGAGUCCUCGCCAAUGGAGUCCAAACUUACAUGGAGUACAUGAGCCUCCAUGAGAACCGCAUUAUGAAGGAAGAGCAACGCAAGGAGGCACAAUACAGGCUCCAGCUGGAGAGAAGCAGACAGGGCAGGGGGUUAAAGCAAGUUGUUCAGGGGAAAGGAGAACCGAACCUUCACCAGCACCAGCGAGGAAAGCCCAAACCUGGACAGACAAGCUCCUCAACGGAUAGCGCGGAGACGCAGGCAAGCUCUUCACAGUCCAGUGCGAGGCCUGAGAAAGCAGAAGAUCCACAGCAUGAAGUCCAUGAAGUCCAUGAAGUCCAUGAAGUCCAUGAAGUCCAUGAAGUCCAUGAAGUGAAAUGAAUUCCAUAUUGUAGUGUCUGUGCUUAGCUUUUAAAAUGAAUUAAUCUCUCUGAUUAAUUAUAGUUUUCCAGUGUUAACAUACAGCCAGUUUCAGUAAUGCUUUGAGGCUUCAUGGUGAUGCAGGUUGCAGUAAAGAGACAUGCAUAUUCAAUAAGUUCCACAAACAGUACAGUUCAAAAUGCACAUGUAAAACCUUGAAGAGGUGACAUCAUUCUGCAUCAUUCUACAAAACCAAAAUUAUCAAGUUCAUAAAACUACGAAUUUUACACUGGGGCAAGGCAGAGAAACUUUCAUACAUCCAUCCAUGUAUCUUCUAUACUGUUUGCUCUGUCAUGGUUGUGGAAUGGAGCCAAUCCCAGCAUGCAUUGUAUAGGGCCUGCUGGGAAAC